GACACUUAGUACACUGUGUAAUACUCUAUCGAUAAACAUCCUCCUCGGCAUAAGUCCUCUGUAUCGGCUCUUUGCAACUCACCAACAACAACAACAAUGAAAUCAUGAAGACUCCUUAUGUAGCAUUGCGCCGGCUUCAAAAGUCCCAAUGUAUAGGCCAUCCAGUCUUUAAACAUUACCCUACCGCUUGGCGCCGCGGAUACAGUAGUUCCAAUGGGUCGUUCCUAGGUAACUUCGAGGCUAUCAGGGCCGAGAUGCUGGCCCGUCCAACUCAGUUGAGCUGGGAUGUUAUGUCGCCAACAAACUCCUCUCUCCUCAACAUAGCCCUAGCCGAUUUCAUACCAGAGAGCUGUCAGGCUCUGGCAUACCAGGCGGGUGCUAAGUCUAUCGAAAAAGUCGAUGCCAAGUAUGAGCUUCUGCAGGGCCACCAUCUCGUUUACUUCCCGUUGCAGAAGACCGCAUCGGAGCUAUGUCCCGACGGGACAGACCCCUUACAUAGUCCCGGCGGUCCGUUUGAGCGGCGCAUGUGGGCUGGCGGCUCCAUCGAAUUCAACGACGACUUCCGCCUGGACUCUUCCAAGGUCGUGUGUAAGGAGAGAGUGGACCAGGUCACCGUGAAGGGGCCCGAAGGGCAGGAGAAGAUCUUUGUUGACGUGCUGCGCGAGUAUAUGAGGGAGCAAGACUCCCACGGCCCAUCUAUGACCCGGGGGAUAAGCGAGCGGCGAAGUCUCGUCUUCAUGCGGGGGUCGAGUAAAGAGCAAGCCCGCGAGAACCUCGCGAAGGCAUCUUUAGGAAGAGAUAGGAUUGUCAAGGCUCCCCAUGCCCCCGACUUCUCCAUCGCGCUCACGCCAACACCCACCCUGUUGUUCCACUACAGCGCGUUGACUUUCAACGCGCACCUGAUCCACCUCGACCCAGCGUUCUGCCGCGAGGUGGAAGGCUACCGUAACCUACUAGUCCACGGCCCUCUCUCCCUUACCCUGAUGCUUUCCGUGCUAAGAUCGCGACUCCACCCGGGUGAGAAAAUCCGCAAGAUCGAUUAUCGGAACCUAGCUCCUCUUUAUGUAAAUGAGCCUAUGCGUGUGUGCGUCAGAUACAGCGGUGAUGCAGGAGAAGAAUCAGCAGAAGGGAAGCCUCGAAAAUGGGAUGUUUGGGUGGAGGACCGCGAUGGAGGUCUUAGUGUAAGGGGCACUGCCGUGAGUCACAAAUCUAGUAUAUAGGAGUAGAUUCAUGAGGACAUAUCACAUUAAGCUCAAGCACUGAAGAUACUGUAUUCAUUUACGCUGGCUUAGGUCAAGGACUGAUCAUACUAUGUACCUUGGUACAUAGCAAGUGAGUUAGUACCUAGAUGUAAUAAAUACUGUAGCAACGCAGAAUUUACGUUAGGUACCUAAGGUAGUAACGUAUCUGAACAGCACACGCCGUGUGGGCAGUGCGUCCUUAGGUAGCAAGAACGUCACUCACUACAAAGACUUGUAUACGAAGCAUAGUUCGAAAAUAAUUGUUAGAGCUUAAUACUUAUCGUUUUCUACAACGUCGA